CUAACUCGAGAUUUUUCUUCCAUUUGGUUAUAGGGUGAGAAGUGGAUUGAUCGCUACUACAAGUAGAGAUGGAAAUAUUCAGGGGUGGGGGCCACCGGUCGUAGAUGAUCGAGUGGUUCAGAACUUAACCCCUAAUAGCAGCGCAUAGCCAUACCUAGGACCGCACAAGCUAUCCGACGACGAGAAGGGUCCUAUGGCUACACCUCAACAUGUCAAGAGUACACCACCAGCACUCGAUGAUAUUAGACGCAAAGACCGAAACCCCAAGAGGACCAACGACAGUCAGCAUAGUGGAGGAACAAGGAGCCGAGAGACGAUGAAGGUGUCAGCGGAGGAGGGCAAGAGAAUCAUUGAUGACGAAAGAUACCCCCAAAUUUU